GAAAUAAACAUCCGGUUUCACAUAGUCUGGGUUAUCUGCCCCUGGGUACACGCUGUUCUUUGUCUAUAAAUCGAGCGUUUGUAUGUUUUUGCGACGAUGUUCAAGUCCCAAGAUCUCAAGCCCUGACACGCAUAUCCCUUGAUACAUGUGAUAUAGUAGAGUUGCAUCUCUCCACUCCACUGAUGUCACUGCUGGGAAGUGCAGCGAUAAACCAGGGCCGCCAUAUUGGGCUCCAGCAACUGGAGGCCAUGACAGCUGCAACCCAUACAUUUUUGGGCCCCGAUAAAUGCUACAAAAUGAUCCAAGAUGAGGCAAGUGGUGAGGCGGUGUUGGUCUGCUCCUGUUAUCGUCUGCUGGAGCAGCUGGAGCUCAGUGGCUCUGUGGCUCAGCUACUGCGUGAGACCACUCGUGCUCAUUGGGGGACACUGCGUUCAGGCACAGCCUCACUGCUUUUCCUGGCUGGCGUCUGGAGCAGAGUGGCACUGGAAUGUCUUCACCAAGGCAUGUCCAUUCGGCACAUAGUGGCCGGCAUGUCAAAGGGAUUGGAAGUGUGUCUAGAGGCCUGUAAGCUGAGUGCUGUGAAUGUGGAAUCAGUUGUUUGUAGGACUGAUUUACAGAAACAGCGAGUGAAGGGGAAAUCACAGAGUGGUGUAGAUUGUAUCAAUACUGAGGAUGGCUUACUUUGGGAUCUGAGUAUAGGAGUGAGGGGAUUAGCUCAAGGCAGUGCUAAAGCUAUAAAUAGUGUCCCUACACUUUGUUUGCGCAAAGACCAAUGUCCUUUAAGGCACAAUUUAAAACUCAAGCACAGCAGGCACUUCAAUUCGAACUAUAUCAGAGAGGAUGGGAGGGCACAUGCAAGGUUUGACAUCGCUCGCUUGGCUGAAGCCGUCUGUCACGGAUGUGAGAUGACCAUGAGCUUAGUGAUUGAAGCUAGUAGGAUUCAGUGUAGAUACAGCCGUGAAAAUCAGUACCACAAAGUACUAGAUGUUGAUAAACUGGUUACAUGCCUGUUGCCAGGAUUAUCUGAGGAGCACUCGAGUGUACUCCAUGGGUACGUCAUGUUGUUGUCUGCAGAACAAGCAUUGCUAGUCAAGCACUUAGAAGAACGGACAUUAAAAAUCAGCCUGGUUCAUGGUGACCUGAGUGAGAAACACCGUCAUGUUGGUUUCAAUAGGCCUAGAAAUGUCACGUACGUGAGUGAUUGCUCUGAUUUAACAGGAAUCACCCAGGAGGAGGAAUGGAUGAACGAGACACUAAGAAUACUUCUAAACCUGAAGGUAGACAUUGUUCUUGUGAGUGGAGGUGUCACUGAGCAGCUGAAAGAUCACUGCCUCCAUCACCACAUCCUCAUUCUUGAGCAUGUACGAGUGUCCAUUUUGAAUGAUUUUGCUACGGCUACUGGUGCUCUUCCAGUCUCGUACAUCACACAGCUCAGCGAGCGAUGCAUUGGAUCCGGAGUCUGUGUGAACACAUUAAGACAGUAUCGCACUAAUGGGACAGAAUGGACUGUGGUCAGUGUUGAUACUGAUGGCACGACUCUGGUCACGGCGCUCCUCACAAGCUCCGUUCAUGCUAAGCUCCAGAGCAUGGAGGAUCAGUUUUGGAGCUGUGCUUAUCGUGUGCACCAUGCACUUAAAGACAGAAAACUGCUGCCUGGAGCCGGAACUGUAGAACUGAUUUGUAUCCAUCGACUCCAAAAUUACAGGAAUGUAUCCCAACCAGAGGAGAGAGGAGACGAGCUUAAUGUAAUCAAAGCAGCAGCGACAUAUGAGCAGGUAAUUCUGCGGCUGAUGGCAGAAGGCUGGAUGGAUUAUGUGUCCACACUGAUGGUCAACACUGGCCAUGUCAAGUCCAAAACACAGGCAUGGACGUGUAUAGCUCAGCAUAUAAAACAGUGGGACAACAGAGUGCCUUGGAAUAAUGAGAUGCCAGAAACUCUUCUGAAAAUGGAGAGUGACUCAGAAGUAAUGCAGAAAUGGGGAGAAAGUGAGGAGGAGAUUCUGGAGAGAGAAAGAGUAAAAACAGGAGUGUAUGAUAAUAUGACGGUGAAGUGUGAGGUUUGGAGGAGAGCUCUGGAUCUGGUGUUUUUGAUUCUUCAGACAGACACUGAAAUUGUCACAGGAAUAAAUAACCAAGAAGGACAAUACAGAGAUUUUGUAAUUCUUUAAUUUAUUAAGGUCUCCAGAAAAAAAAAGUUAUUGUCAUUUCUUCGGUUAAGAUCAGGUACAGCUUGCACUGCUUUAAUAACCUCAGCAAUUUUGUCAGGUACAGAUGCCACCAGUGGCUUUUCAUUUCAGACUGCCCACUUCACUCAUCCAUUGCAUUUCAGUUCAUGGCCAUCUCUUUUGGUGUUUCACGUUCUGUUUCAAGGUCAAUGUACCUCAGUGUUCCAUCAGGCUUGUUGAACAAGUCAAGCACAGAUUUUGGCCCUGUGUACCCUACAGUUCUUAACAUGGGAGUGUUUGUGUUUUGUUCUGCUUGGACAUGGGGCACAAAGCCGGGCCAAAAACUGACAACUGUCUGGUUUUAUGAUGUUUGUCCAGAUGUGCAGCCUAUUGACAAUGUACAAUACCUGCAUGGCACUGCUAUGGAUGUCACAAUCUCUUUGUUUUUAGACUUUUUUUCUUAUUUUCCUUCACAGAGAACUCUAAAUAAAGUUUCCUUCUUGUA